UGCGGCCCCUAUCGUUUUUAUGGCGAGGUGGUUGUGAAAGCCUGCAUUGAAGCUGGCACUCAUCAUGUGGAUAUCAGCGGCGAACCACAAUUUAUCGAUGGCAUGGCUGUGAAGUAUCAUGAAUUGGCUAAAGAGAAGCGCGCCUAUGUAGUGUCGGCCUGUGGAUUUGAUAGCAUACCUGCGGAAAUGGGUGUGGUCUUCGCAGAACGUAAUUUUCCAGGUACUGUGAACUCCAUUGAAACAUACUGGGAGAAUACCGUCGAUUUCAAAGAGGGUGAGUCAAAAGCAAUGCUGCAUACCGGUACUUGGGAGAGCCUUGUGCAUGCGGUGAGCCAUGUCAAGGAAGUGAUUGCACUCACAAAACAGCUGAAGCCCAAAGAUUAUCCAGAGUUGAAGCCGGCUUUGAAAGUGCGCCGCUACCCGCAUAAGGUGCCUACACUUGAAAGCUACUUUGUACCCGUAAUGGGUGGAGAUCGCCAUAUCGUUACAAACACACAACGUUUAUGGUUUGAGAAUGAGGAAAAGCGUCCAAUACAAUUCGAAAAUUAUGUUGGUUACAAAUCGCUACUCAACGCCAUCUUAACGCCCCUUAUAGUGGUGUUAAUCUCUCUGCUGUCCCAAUUCAAUUUUACGCGCAACUUACUUUUGAAAUAUCCACAAAUUUUCUCUUUGGGCCUCAUAUCACCCGAUGGGCCAACGCAAGCCACUAUGGAAUCUCACUUCUUCCAAAUGCUUUUCAAAACUAAAGGCUGGACCAAGGCGCAAUCGCUGAGUGAGCAACCUAAACAGCAGCUGUGGACACGUGUAUCUGGUCGCAAUCCUUUCUAUGCCAUGACUGGUGUGGCUAUGUUGGCAGUAGCGAAGAUUAUUUUGCAGGAGACGGACAAGUUGCCUGGAAGUGGUGGCGUGAUCUCUCCUGGUUAUGCUUUCGCCAAAACUAGCCUCAUUGAAGACUUGGAGAAAUACAAAUACGGCAUGAAGUUCGAGGUACUGAAGUUGGAGGCGUAGUUGUUUAGAAGCCAGUAAAUAGUGUGUCGAUUUUAUAAGUUUUUUUUAUUAUAUUUAAAAUAAAGAUAAUACACACCCUGCGAGAAAUAAACAACAAAACUUAA